GAGGAGCGACCAUGGCCAGGACCAAGCAGACCGCCCGUAAGUCCACCGGAGGAAAGGCGCCCAGGAAGCAGCUGGCGACCAAAGCUGCCCGUAAGAGCGCCCCCGCCACCGGCGUGAAGAAGCCUCACCGCUACAGGCCCGGUACCGUGGCUCGGCGAGAGAUCCGCCGCGCACCAGAAUCGCCGCUACAGAAGUCCACCGAGCUGCUGAUCCGCAAGCUGCCCUUCCAGCGCCUCGUCAGGGAGAUCGCUCAGGACUUCAAGACCGACCUGCGCUUCCAGAGCUCCGCGGUCAUGGCUCUGCAGGAGGCCAGCGAGGCUUACCUGGUCGGACUGUUCGAGGACACCAACCUGUGCGCCAUCCACGCCAAGAGGGCCAUCAUGCCCAAAGACAUCCAGCUGGCACGACGCAUCCGCGGGGAGAGAGCCUGCACAGAGGGGUCCAAUUUGAUUUAUGUCAAGGGCCCAAAAUUCCUGGCUCUGAGAUCAGGAGUGGUCCGGGUCUUCACUUCUUGGCCACCUUCUCGGUCUUCUUGGGCAGCAGCACCGCCUGGAUGUUGGGCAGCCGCCGCCCUGAGCGAUGGUCACUCACCCAGCCAGUUUGUUGAGCUCCUCGUCGUUGCGGACGGCGAGCUGCAGGUGGCGGGGGAUGAUGCGGGUUUCUUGUUGUCGCGGGCAGCGUUACCGGCCAGCUCCAGGAUCUCGGCGGUCAGAUACUCCAGCACCGCGCCAGGUACACCGGAGAGCUCCGGCGCCGACACGCUCACCGUAGUUGCCCUUCCUCAGAUGUCUGUGGACUCGGGCCGGGGACUGAAGUCCGGCCCUGGAGGAGCGGGUCUUGGGCCUUGGCUUAACUUUACCGGCUCCUUUUCCGCGUCAGACAUCUUCAACUCUCGAUCCGGACCCGGAGGAGCGACCAUGGCCAGGACCAAGCAGACCGCCCGUAAGUCUACCGGAGGAAAGGCGCCCAGGAAGCAGCUGGCGACCAAAGCUGCCCGUAAGAGCGCCCCCGCCACCGGCGGCGUGAAGAAGCCUCACCGCUACAGGCCCGGUACCGUGGCUCUGCGAGAGAUCCGCCGCUACCAGAAGUCCACCGAGCUGCUGAUCCGCAAGCUGCCCUUCCAGCGCCUCGUCAGGGAGAUCGCUCAGGACUUCAAGACCGACCUGCGCUUCCAGAGCUCCGCGGUCAUGGCUCUGCAGGAGGCCAGCGAGGCUUACCUGGUCGGACUGUUCGAGGACACCAACCUGUGCGCCAUCCACGCCAAGAGGGUCACCAUCAUGCCCAAAGACAUCCAGCUGGCACGACGCAUCCGCGGGGAGAGGGCGUAGACUGACCGAGACCCGGGACAACAACAACACAACGGCUCUUUUAAGAGCCACAGACAUGAACUAAGAGCGGCAAGUCCUGAGACACGAUCAUGGUCCCUGCAGUCCAUCUCAAUACUACACGUUAAUGUACAGAUGGAAAAUCACAUGGUACAAAGAGUUAAACAAGAAGUUACCACCGUCAAACAUACAGAGUAUGUGCAAUAUUAAAAAGUGUAUUUGCAGUGCCCGUAACAAUAGCUGAACCGUACCCACAGUACAAAACCAUGAAACAAUACGUUUAUUUCAAGACAGGGACAGUGCACAAUAAAACAUUAAAGCAUUGUGCCAGGUUCUAGCAGAUUGCUAGUUUCUGGUGAUGGGAAUUUUGGCUCCCAAACCACU